AUGGGAAAUUCACCAUCCCACCCCGUGUAUACUGCUCUCAAUGAGCUGUUGAGAUCCAAAAAUUUAAAACUCAAGCAGAGCACGCCUGCUCAAUUUUUAUCUGAUGUAGACAUUGCAGCCCCGUGGUUCGCUAUGAUGUCUGGAGCCCUUACUGUCCCAUCCUGGGACAAAUUGGGUCAUGAUCUGGAUUUUGCCUUUGAACAAGUCACCUUAAAAGGGGGAGUCCGUCCCAUUUGGAAGUUGGUUAAAGGAUGCUUAACAGAUCAAAGAUGCAGUUCGGCAUUAGACACCAGUAAAGUGGCCUUAAAUAUCCUUGAAGGAGAGAAGUCCGAGGCAAAUUCAGUCAUACAGACAUCCGCGAGGAAGGGAUAUACCUCUGAGGAGGAGGAAGAGGAUGAUAAAGAUAAGAUAUUGGAUGAGAAAUUCAAGUUUCAGUCAAUGUAUCCUUCCUUGUGUGAGAGACAUCAUAAGUUAAAAGACAGGGAAAACAGUUUUCCACUCCUUCUCCCAGUGACUCCUACUGCACCCCCUCCUUAUGAGAACGUGAAUCCAGAGGAAAUAACCAUGCCUCCCCCAAAUAAUUCCUUACAUCAUUCAAUUUGGAGGCAGGUUUGUGCGGAAUUGAUAUCUUCAGGAACGGGCCCUAAGAUCCUUAUGUCCUUUCCUGUAUUCUUAGAUCAGGCAGGAAAUCAAUUUCAUGAGCCUCUAGAUUUUAAAACUGUCAAGAAGAUUGCUGAUUCAGUCCGUACAUAUGGCGUUGUGGCAGCGUUUACUCUCAGGCAAGUAGAGAGCCUGACUCGCCAUGCUAUGACUCCCUGGGACUGGUCCAAUUUGGUCAGGGCUUGCAUGGCGCCGGAGCAAUUUUUAGAGUGGAAGGCCUAUUUUACUGAAUAUGCCAGCGCACAGGCGAUGCUUAACAGAACGAGGCCACCACCUCAGAAUGCCCGGGGCGUGGAUAUGUUAACUGGUACUGGUCUCUAUGCUAACAAUCAGGUAGCCUUACCACCCCUUGUUUUUGAUCAAAUAAAUGCCUUGGCGAUAAAGGCAUGGAAAUCAGUCCCAACAAAAGGGGAAGUUAGAGGCAAUCUUACUAAGAUUAUCCAAAAAGCAGAAGAGUCAUUUUCAGAUUUUGUAACACGUAUGGUAGAGGCAGCAGGCAGGCUGUUUGAUGAACCUGAUGCCAUGAUGCCCAUGCUUAAGCUAUUAAUAUUUGAACAAGCCACAAAGGAGUGCAGAGAUGCUAUUACACCACAUAAAACUAAAGGAUUAGAGAGCUGGGUUCGAGUAUGUAGAGAGGUAGGGGGCCUCCUCUCUAAUUCAUGCUAA